UCCUCCUCCGCGGCCCGAGUGAGAGAGCGAAAACAAACUCCGAACUCCAGUCUUCUGCAACCUCUGUGUGUGAACGGACCUUCCAUUCUGAGCGGCCAGCGGCGGGGUUGAAAGGGAGGCUAUACCAUCCUCGCUUUUACGCCGCCCCACGCCCACUACACGCCACGCACGCCCCUCCACGCCUCCCCCAAGGGUGCUAGAUGCUGUGAGCCGCGGGAUACCCCUUCAGAUCGCGUGUGUGUGUGUCAAAACCCCCUGAAAACACAAGAAAUAAGAGAAGUUACCCGUGGCACCAUCGCCCUGUUUACAUCCAGCCCCCCCUCGUGCAGUGCUGUCAUUUUAGGUCACAGUUCGGAAAUGCGUGACAUGCUCCCUGACCUGACCACGUGAUCAUGACCUCCCACCCUUAGGCUCCUCCCCAGGGCUAGACAAGGGGUUGGAUAGCACUGUGUUGCCCCUGGGAGAGCAAAACGUCUUGGGUGUUUUGAGUGCGUGAGAGGGACCCCGCUACCAAGAUGACCUCUCCCGACACUUAAAGAGGAAGAGGAAAAGGUAAAGAGGACAAGAUGAGAAGAGGGAAAGGAAGAGGAUAACAAAGAGGGGACCACUCGACACGUACAUAGCAGAGUGUGGGCCCCAACACUCCCUCCCAGUGGCGGAGCAGCCUUGUCUACCCUGGUCCUAUUGCCACGCCAGGGAUGAUGAUGGUUGUGGCGCGGGAGGGAGCCAGCAGUAUGGAGGUCCUGGACGGAAGACAGGCGCCCUCCAGCCCUGACCACGCGGAGGGCCAGUCACACCUCAACAUGUCUUCCCCCUCGGCAAGCUGGGGUGUAUUUAGCCCGAGCGAGGGCCCCACCCCCCCUGCCCCCCCUCCCCCGACGCAUCAGCAGCCCACCCCCCAGGCCGAGGGUUACUGGAACAUGCACCUGGAAGUCCUAAGCAAGUUGAAGGGUGAGGUGAAGGACUGGUACGAGGGUGAGGGCCUGGACGCGGGUCUGGGGCAGGGCGCGGCGGUGAAACAGGAACAGGACUACGGGCCCUACACGCACCUCCACCAGCAUCACCCCAUGACCCCGGAGUCUAUGCAUGGGGGGUCACUGAACGGCCCUCUCGGCGGCCCGCACACGAGUCCUCACAUGGGCUACCCCCUUCAGCAGACCCAGCAGCAGCACCAGCAGCACUAUCAAGGGUACCCAAGCCACGGGGGCAUGGGGGACCUCCCGCCAAUGUCCCCGGGGUACCAGCGGCCACACCCCCAGCAACACAUGACGCAGCAACACAUGGGUCAACAUAUGCAGUACGAACAGCAACAGUAUGGGCAGUACGGUCAGAUGGGGCACAUGGGGCAGGGCAUGCAGGGUCACCCAGGCCACGAGGGACCCCCGGGGCGGGAAGGUGACCCGUACAGCUUCGUGGAUGAGUACAGCGGCCCCCCGCCCCGCCCCGUGGAGGAGGUGCUGGGGACGACUCAGCCUAAGAGGAGAGGCAGGAAACCCAAGCACAUCAAGCUCAUGGAAAAUGGACUGACCCCAGCACCCCAUUCCAGCGGCGACCCCCUGGCCAUCGCAGCGGCCCAGGCGGCUCAUGAGGCCAAGAAGAGGAAGUGGAAACAGCUGGGGCCGGACGGGAAGCCUAUCUUGGCCCCUAUCAAGCAGCGGAAGAAGGUUGACAGAUUUGACGGCAUUCCUGAAGAUGAGGUCUCCAAACGCACUCUCCCAGAUCACCUCGGACCCAACCUGGAUAUAGUCAUUAUUUCUAAAUUCCCCUUCCAGAUCGGAAUAAAUCCAGGUUUGUUUGCGGCUUACAAGGGGCACCACUAUGCCGGACCUGGGAACCACUUCUGGAAGUGCCUGUACCUGUCUGGACUGAUCCCUGAGCCCCUAACCUCUGAGGACGACUUCAGGCUGCUGGAGCACGGCAUCGGAUUCACAAACAUCGUCGCCAGAACCACCAGGGGCUCCGCCGACCUCACCAGGAAGGAGAUCAAGGAAGGUGGUCAAAUCCUCCUCUCCAAACUACAGCAGUUCCAGCCACGCAUCGCAGUGUUCAACGGGAAGGGAAUCUACGAAAUAUUCUCCGGCAAGAAGGAGUUUUCGUUCGGCAGACAACCAGAGAAGAUUGAAGGGACGCGAACUCACGUGUGGGUGAUGCCGUCGUCGUCCGCCCGCUGCGCCCAGCUGCCGCGUGCCCUGGACAAGGUGCCCUUCUACACGGCCCUCAGGAAGUUCCGCGACUUCCUGAAGGGCACGCUGAAGGAGCUCAAUGAGGAGGAGAUCACCUUCAUCAACGCCAAGGUCAAGAACCUCAAGAUGGAGGUCCCGGACAAGAUGGAGCUGGGGUGCGAGGCGCGGUGCGAGCCACAGCCAGGGGAGCUGUGCCGCCCCGGGGAACUGCCGCCCAUGGGCUCCCCCUGCCCCGAGGAGGACCGGCUAGUCAUCAAGGAGGAGGUGGACCUGCCCACCAAGCUGGAGGGCGAGCUGGAGGAGGAGGAGAUCACCAAGGAGAUCCCCCAGACGCUCUUCAACCUCAACGGCAUGACCCGGGAGCAGCUGGACUGCAUGGAGUGCCCCACCAUACCCAUCAGGAAGAAACGGGGCCGCCCCAAGAAGACCCCCGAUGACCCCAACGCCCCGCCCCGGCCCCGGCCCCGGCCCAUCAGCACGGACCCGCUCAUGUUCAACGGGGAGCAGCCCAUGAAGAAGAAGCGGGGCCGCCCCAAGAAGGUGCUGGAGGACGGGUCCAUCCCCACCCCCAAGCGCCCCGGCCGCAAGCCCAAGGCCCUCAAGGAGAUGCUGGCCCAGCAGCCGCCCCAGCACCUGCUGCACAACCCCCAGCUGGGGCAGCACCCCCAGCUGGCGCAGCAGCAGCUGGGGCAGCAGCAGCCCCCCGUGGGGCUGGCCCACAUCAAUGGCAUGAUGUCCCCCGCGGGCUACAGCCCCAACCCCGGUGCUCAGACCUUCUCCCCCCAGUACGGGGGCCACACCCCCGUCCACGGGGGGGGCAGCCUAACCCCCAACCACACUGCCCCCGCAACCCACAACCCCGCCAUGGUGCCCAGAGGACCCACGCCCCAGCAGUUCGGCCAGAGCCCUGGCUACUCCCCCGGCCCCCACCACCAACACCAGCAGCUGCCGCCCCGGCCCCCGGCGUACCCCCACCAGGUGGGGGAGCCCGGCGGGGAGCUGAAGGUGGACGAGGAGCACCACCUGGGGCUGUCCUCGCCCCCCGCCUCGCCCCUCAUGGCCCAGCCGGACUUUGAGCCGCCCAGCAGCAUGCCCGAGGGGGACCUGUCCAUCGGCGCCUCCGACACGCAGAGCUCUGCGGCCCUCACGCCGGGCCACCAGGAGGAGCCGGGCAAGACGCCCCUGCCCCUGGCCAGCCAGGAGCAGCCCGGCCCCCAGCACACGCCCACCAUGCCCGGCCACUUCUCCAACCCCACCACCCCCGUGGACGGCAGCUCCUACCAGAACUACCCCUCCUACCCCUCCAACGCCUCCUCCCACUCCCCCUCUAUGGCCAAGCCCGCCCCCAUCCACCCCGGCCAGUCCCCCACGGUGCCGGCCAAGACGGACGUGGCCUCCAAGAGCCUCUCCGGCCUGGAGUCCCUGGUGGACCAGAUCCCCAGCCUCAAUGAGCAGGAGACCAGCUCGCAGCACUCCGCUCACUCCAACUCCGCCCCCUGCUCCAACCCCACCACCCCCGGCCCCCCCGCCCCCUCCUCCGCCCCCUUCAGCCCCAGCCACGUUCCGCCCACCUCCUCCUCCUACCAGAGCUACCCCGGGGGGAGCGGCUCCCAGGGCGGCGGCUCGGGGUACCCCGCGUCGCACUACGGCUCCCCCCAGUCCUCCCACCCCUACUCCCCCCACUACAGCUCCAACAGUACAAACCUGAGUACAAACUUCAGUGUGAGCUCACUGGCCAAUAGCAGCAUUAGCACCACCAUGUCCUACAGCAGCGCCGGCGCCUACGAGCUCGGCGGCUCACCCCAGGCCUCCACCUCCUCCUUCAGCGUGUCCUCCCUCACCUCCAGCGCCCCGGCCGCCCCCUCGCCCUCCAUGUACAGCCAGUCCUACUCCCCUGCCCCGCCCGCCGCCCCCGGACCGCCCCCCUCGCACUCCUCGUACCCCGACAUCAUGAGCCCCUCCAUGCUGGCCCACACCCCCCCCAUGGGCUCCUCCUUCAUGAGCUCCCCCAGCCUCAUGAGUUCCCCCACGCCCAUGAGCUCAAGUAUGGGUGGGUCGUCCAUGGGGGCAAUGGGGGCCCUCCACUCCUCCAUGGGCAUGACGGGGUCCCAGCUCCCGUACCCCUACUCCCAGUACAGCGACACCUCCCCCGGCUACCCCCCACCCAGCCACUCCACCUUCCCCUAUCCCCCGACCGCCCCGGGUUUCCAUGUCCCCUCGCCCCGGUUCCCCUACCCUUCCCCCUACGCCAAUUCCCCCUACACUCAAGGCUACUCCCAGAAUGCCAUGUUGGAGCGCAUCAAGCAGACCAGUAUGGGCAUGGGCUUUGGGGGUUUCUAACAAGGUGCAAGAGAGACAGUGCGUAGCGUGUAGCUCGUAGCGUACCAUAGCUGUGUCCGGAGGCAGCCGCGCGAUGGCCGCCUCCCAUGCUCACUGUACCGUAUCAAUGUCAGUUCCUUGUUUUAGCUUUUUUAUAAUAUUUGUUACCCCCCGACGCCGUGCACCCCCCCCCUGCCCCGCCCUGCGCCCCGCCCCGCCCCGAGGAGCAGGAGUGUUCGCCAUACAUGACAGGGUAAAAAUAAUUGCUAAGCGAAUGUGAUGCUCCACGCAACACUCCCCCCCAGCGAGCAGCGCCCCGCCCCGCCGCCCCGAACCCCCGCCCCGGCCGAUGAUCUCAAGGCUGCCCCGGCCGUCCCUUCUGGCCCGUGGACCCAGGGACGAAAAAAAAGACUAAGUCCACUAAAGUGAUUCUCGGGGCAUCUCGGGGCUCCACCGGGGCCGCCAUUCCGGGGCUGCUGCCUGCCCCCAUUGCCCCUUACCCCGACUAAGCUGGACGGCCCCGCUGAUAGACACAAAACAAACAGUGUGCGCCAUAAGACAGUGUGCGUCAGACAGGACUGUACGUGUGUGUGUGUGUGUGUGUGCGGUGGUCUGGGUGUGGGGCGAGGCGGGUCCGGGCGGGGCGGGGCGGGGCGGGGGACGGGUCAGCCCCCUCCCGCCCCCCCUGGUGAUGAAGCGUAGUGUUAAUUUAAGUGUUUUUUUUGAGGCCGGUCCAGAAUGACGUCUUUUGUCUGUUGUGAGUGUUGAAAGUCAGUUCCUUCCACAGAGAUGAUAAUAAUAAUAGUGAGCCCGGAGAGAGAGAGUGAGCGAGAGAUAGAGCGAGAGCGAGCGAGUCGUUGUAGCAUUAAGAAGAACAAACGCGAGAGAGGGAGAGAACCGGAAAUUCAGGGUGAGAUACGGAAACCCCCCCCGAGUGAAAGUGUGAAAAGAACUCAAGGAAAAGAUAUAGGAAAUGAAAACCGGUGACAAGGGAAGAGAAAACGGAGCAAGAAGGAUGAAGAAGGCAAUAGAACAUACCAGCUAAUCCCUUAUAGACAGCACGAUACUCCUUCCUUCGGUGCAAUAUCAUAGUCAAGGUUUUAAGCAAGUCUCCCCUAAAAAAAACCUCUAGCUGUCGUUUUCUUCUUCUCUCUCGUCGUUUGUCUAUUGUUUUUCAUACGCACAGCACUACUACCACCACCACUACUACUACUACUACUACUACUACUACUACUACAAGAAUCAGCACCCUCUUCCUACUACUACUACUACUACUACUACUACUACUACUGCUACUUCUGCUACUACUACAGUGUUUUACAAAAUAAUAAUAAUAAUAAUAAUGAUAAUGUUUUUGACCCCAAGAUGAUAUUAACACAACCAAUACAACCACACAACCACUACUACUACUACUACUACUACUACUACUACUACUACUACUACUAUUACUAUUGCUAUUACUUCACUUUUUCAGACCCUUAUUGGUGAUGUUUAAUGUGUCUGAGUUCACUACUAAAUCUCUCUCUCUCUCUCUCUCUCUCUCUCUCUCUCUCUCUCUCUCUCUCUCUCU